CAGGCAAUAAUACCAUUAGUGAUCAGCUAUAGGGAGCUCUGUGAUACGUGCUGUACGAGCAUGACAGGGUCUUUAAUGAAUAUUCAUCGCGUGUUUCUGCGAGUUUUUCUCAUAAUUCACACUAGUUCAUCAAGUGCCCCAUCCAACACGGAAAAGUUCUGUCCUGGCCUUUUAUUGAAUCGAUACGCGACAUUCAAGAUGAGCAAGCGAAGAAUGUUAUUAGUGUUCACUAUCCUGAUGGGUUUUCCUUUUUCAUAUCUGUUCUUCAAGAUGGAAUUUAUGACUUUUUCGAGUCAAAUUUUCAAUCGUUCCAACUCAUCCGUUUUCGAUGAUGAUAGUUCUUCACUAGAAAACAGCGACAAUUCCGACUCGAGCAAGGUUUUAAGAAACUCUAGUUCCCCUGAAGGGAAUAAAAAUAGUCUCAGACUAGUAGUUAUUAUUUCCACGGCACCUUAUAGAAGAGCAAGAAGAGAUGUAAUUCGAAAAACCUAUUGGAGAUAUUGUUACAACAACAGCCAGGUCAAAUGUUAUUUUUUUACUGAUGGAAAUGUAACCAGUAAUGUAUCCAGAGAACUACAAGAAGAGAAUCAAAAGUACAGAGACAUGAUACUUCAGCCAUUAGCUGGAGGAAAAGAGUUCGGACUUCGUUUUCUCUAUCAAAUACAAUGGGCUGCUUCUCACCACGACUUUGAGUACUUUCUUCGUGCAGAUGAUGACUACUUCAUCUGUUUAAGCAGGUUAUUCUAUGAAUUAGAACAUCGACCAAAAAAUAAUCUUGUUUGGGGAUUUUUUCACUGCUAUAAAGAUCUCGUUUGGAUGGAUGAAGCUUGGAUGGUUUUCAGCAAAGACAUGAUUCGCCGAUUUUUAAGUCAAAACAAGACAACAAUAGUGUGCCAUCCUCAUGCAGAUCAACAAAUAGCUAUAUGGAUGAAUGAUAUCCCAACCAGGCGGUACUUUUACGAUGUCAGACUACAUCACUUUCCACGAGCCUCGCAAACCAACAAGUUUGAUAACGUGAGCAACAAAAUUUGUGAUACAUUUAUGGGCAUCCAUGGAGCUUUUGGAGACAAGAUGCUCGAGCUCGACAAAAUGAGCAACGAUGGUAAAAAGGAUGAUGUACCAGAAAUCAAAAAGUUUGAAUCUAUUUGUGAUUACAAGGGAUUUAAGUGGACUGAAAUGAAUGCUGCUUAUAGGUUUGAGCCAAAACCUUGUAUUGAAAAGCCUAACUGGUCUCAGGGACAUCAGGCUUGGAAAGGAGCUGAAGAAGGACAGUGGUGAAACUGAGGAAGCGCUCAUUCACACAUACGCUACAAAGCCCACACAUACUGAAAUCAAUUCAAUGAUGAAGGGAUGGAUGGAAGAAGAAUUGAUAGAAAUAAAGGAAGGAAUUAGAUAGUAAAUGGAUGGAUGGAUG